AAUUCUCUCAUCAUCCAAUUCCAAACCCUUCUCUCAAUUUCUUUUGUAUAUGAUUAAAAAAUUGAAUCAUCCAAUUCUACCCUUUUCAUAAAAGUUUGUUAUAUACAUUAUAUCAAAACUUCACUACCUUGUAUAUAAAUAUAACCAACUCACUACCAAGUUCUCAACACUCCAAAUCAAUCUCAUCACCAAAACCCUAGCUAUUCUCAUUCUCCCUUUGACUAACAACAAAACAAACAAACAAAAAUGAAGCUAAAGAGCUCUCACCACCAUUGUUUGCUUCUUUCCUUGAUAAUACUAUCUUGUUAUUUUGUGGCUGAAAUUCAUGGCAAAAGGCAAGCCAAAUCUCUUGUCCAUUUGAGCAAAUCUACCUCGAAGCGAUCAGCAGGCGUCGACACGAGCCUUUUCGCCGUUGAUCAAGGCAAUGCCGUUGAUCACGAUGAUCAUCAUGGUGGUGGUGAUGAUGAUCAGAAAAGCUUGAAGGAGAAUGAUAGAAUUGGUAGAUUGCCAGGCCAACCAAAUGUGAAUUUUACUCAAUAUGGUGGCUAUGUCACUGUGAACAAAACGGCAGGUCGUUCGCUCUAUUAUUAUUUUGCUGAGGCUCACUAUAACAAGGAUUCAUUACCUCUUCUUCUUUGGCUCAAUGGAGGACCUGGUUGUUCAUCUCUGGCCUAUGGAGCAAUGCAAGAGUUGGGACCAUUCCGAGUCCAUAGUGAUGGCAAAUCACUUUACACCAAUAGAUAUUCUUGGAAUUAUGCUGCAAAUGUUGUGUUCCUUGAGUCACCAGCUGGGGUGGGAUUUUCAUACUCAAACACAACAUCUGAUUAUGACAAAAGUGGAGAUAGUAACACAGCAGCUGAUAACUAUCUAUUCUUGGUGAAUUGGUUGGAGAGAUUUCCAGAAUACAAAGGCAGAGAUUUUUACAUUUCUGGUGAGAGCUAUGCUGGUCACUAUGUCCCUCAAUUGGCUCAUACAAUUCUCUACCAUAACAGAAGAGCCAACAAGACCAUUAUCAACCUCAAAGGAAUCCUUAUUGGUAACGCAGUGAUUAACGAUGAGAGUGAUGAACGAGGAAUGUACGAGUACAUGGGGUCACAUGCCUUGAUCUCAGACCGAACUGCAACAGCCAUACAAAAUUACUGUGAUUUCUCACCUAAGGCUGCUCAGUCAGACAAGUGUGACAACGCCAUGAAAGAGGUCGACAGAGACACUUAUUACGUCGAUAUAUAUAACAUCUAUGCUCCUCUUUGUACUUCUUCCAAUCUCACUUCCAAGCCCAAAUCUGCUUCGGUGAUGAAGUUUGAUCCGUGUAGCGAUUACUACGUGGAAGGAUACUUAAACAGAAGAGAUGUUCAGGCAGCGAUGCACGCCAACGUGACGAAGCUGCCAUAUGACUGGCAACCAUGCAGCGAUGUCAUCGAAGGAUGGGCCGACAGUCCCCACACCGUCUUACCUCUUCUACGUGAAUUCAUGAGCCAUGGACUUCGAGUCUGGAUUUUUAGUGGUGAUACCGAUGCAAGAGUACCUGUAACUUCAACCAUAAACUCUCUCAACAAGAUGAACCUUUCUGUCAAGACUCAAUGGCAUCCUUGGUACUUCGAUGGAGAGGUUGGUGGGUACACAGAAGUGUAUAAGGGAGACCUAACAUUUUCAACAGUGAGAGGAGCUGGUCAUCAAGUGCCAAGUUACCAGCCUGGUAGAGCUCUUUCACUCAUCAAACACUUCCUUGAUGGCACAGACCUCCCUGAUACCACAAGAUACGAUUAAUUAUAUGAUUAAUAUAUCUAUAGUAUAGUUUAGUGUUCUAAUUAAUAAUGUAAUAAUUAAUUAAGUUUAUAUAAUUAUUUCUCUUUGCUUUUAAUAAUUAGUUCUUAUUAUUAUAGAAUAGUUUUCAAUUAUAAAUAGUUCAUUCUUCUAAUUAAUGCUAUAGUUUAUGUAUUCAAGUGUUUCGAUCCGAUCUCAUUGAUUAAUAAGAAAGAA